GUUUCAACUCUUUUUCACUCCAGCGUUUUGCUGAAAUCAACUCGAAUGCCAGCUGAUGGGUAUAAUGGGCACAGGGGUUGAUGUUCUGCACCUACCACGGAUCGCUUCUCUCAUCCAGCGGCGCGGUGCAGACCGCCUCGCGUCGCGUAUACUCAGUGACCACGAGUUGAGCAUAUGGAAUACCAUGCCGGAGGCCGACAAUUCACGACGCACUCGCUUUCUCGCAGUUCGGUGGAGUGUGAAGGAGGCCGCAUAUAAAGCUCUAUAUCCUCUCGCUCAUCCGACGUGGAAAGAAUUCACCUUUCAUGGCUUGCAAGAGGGAGAGUGUCGAAAACCUUUUCUGGAAUACAACCCGGUGAAACAGAAUGCUACCGUUGGGAGGAUUCAUACUUCAGUUAGUCAUGACGGGGAAUAUGUUUUCGCCACUGUGACUAUGGAAGAGGCAACGAAUCCAUGA